AUGAACAGACUGAAGCUAAUUAGUAAACCAACCUUCUUCAUGAACAAUGCGAAAAGGAACCACCUAAAUUACAAGCUGUAUUUGAAGUAUAAGCAAUGGGAUUUUCUCAAGAACGAAAUUGUUGACUACUUCAAUUCGCAUAGUAGGGUAAGCACAGUGGUGGAUGUGCAGGGUAGAUGCUGGGAGAAGUUUAAAAAGAAGGAGCUGCUCCAAGUGCAUGGGUAUAUUCCAGCCAUCAUUUGGAAAUACGGAGCGGAGCAGCGGAUUUGCAUCGACCACAGGUUGAUUGAUGAGUAUGCCUUCGAGGAGGAGGACGGCCACCUGUCUUUGCUGUUCUCCGCGAGGCUGUUCAGAAUUCACAUCGAUGGGAACGUCGUCGAGUGCGUCGUGUCACACGUUGAGGCGGAUCCGGUCGAAAAGCACAUAUACUUCCUCAAGUUUGCGAGAGUUGUUAACAACCAAGUGACCGAGUUAAACAUCCCAUGCAGCAUCGUCGGCCUUAUCGGCUGCCCUGCGUACGUCAAUGGCUACCACGUCCAGCUGGCGAUGAACUACAUAAAGUGCAAAGUGAUAGGGAAUCAUAUUCCUCCCCCUUUUCAAAUUGACGUGUCGAGGCUAACUUACAGAGAGCCGUACAAUUCGAUUAAGUUGGGGGAGUUAACGCACCUACUGCCGGACGACGGGAACGUAGUUUUUUCGGAGGAGUAUGACUUAAAUGAGACAGAAGUGGUGUGGACCUAUGAGCCCGGCAAGAUUCCGGAGACACCCCUGCCAGAGGAUUACAUGGACCCGAAUUUUAUGAACAAGAAAGGGAAGCGCAUUCAGCUCACGUACAAGGAUUACUGGCCGAAGCAAUGA